AGCCACUAUCCAAUCCCAAUCCAUUCCAACCCAAGCUCCGCCAAUCAGAAGCCGGACACCAUGGACCAUGCCACCCCCACCCAAAGUCUGAAGGUGUCGUCGCGUCACACCCCUCCCCCCAUGUGGGCGUAUGGGCUGGCCCUACUGUUUUUUGUGUUUAUGAUAGGGCUGACCUAUGCCUUUGUGUACUGGACCAAGUACAACCUGCGGGUGAUGCGCCAGGCGCACGCCGAAGGUCUGCAGAUGCGCGGUAGUCAGAGUGGCGGUGGGCAUAGUGGCGGUCUGAGUGUGGGCGUGACCGGUAGGGGUAGGCGCUUUGCGCAUGAACCUGCGGCUGAGUGUGUGGGUGAGAUUGCCGGUGGUGAUCCGGAUGAGGAGGAAGAGGUGCAGUUGGUGAAUGAUGUAGGCACGAAUAGCCAGCAUAUCACGAAAAGUGAUAAGGGGAAGAACUAUGAACUGCUAGAGUGAUGAAGAUACUGUAUAUGGCUA